AUGGGGUAUUCCGGCGUAUUUUUUCUAUUUGUAGCCGGAAUAGUUACUGUAGCUUCUGGCGUGGAGCAAUCGGUUCGUGUUAAGGGUCUCUUAACCUGCGAUGGAACGCCGUACACCGACGCCAGGAUCAAGAUAUACGACCAAGACACUUACACCUUCGACGACAAACUGGCCGAGGCUACAACGGAUGCCAACGGCUUUUUCGACCUUCAAGGCUCUGGCGACGAGGAUGAGCCGAUUACCUUCAAAUACAACAUCUACCACCGUUGUGGAAUGAACGUCCACAUCUGCUGGUACAAAAGCAGCUGGAAGAUCCCCGCCAACUAUGUGAACGUGGGCGGAAACACGAGCAAGAUCUACGACGCCCAGGAGACAAAACUGGAAAUGCUGAAGAAGGACCGCGACUGCUUCAAUUUCCUCAAC